UGGUUUAGCUUGAAACAUAUAUGUUGAACAGUAUAUAUUGAUCUAUAUUUUAGAAAAAAGGAACGUUAAGUAAAUACCCCAAAUUCAAAUUAGGGAUACCAGUAUUUCACGCAUAUGGGCACAAAAGUUCUUGUCAGGUUUGUUUCUUUUUUAUUAUUGUUGUGUUUGUUGUUGUUGUUAUUGUUGUUAUUGUUCUUAUUACUUUGACAACUGACAUACAGAAUCUUUGUAAUAGUAACCGUUUUCCACAUUUUCAUUGUUAGGUACAACAUUCGAUCCGUAGAAUGGAAGGUUUUGGUUUAAUGGAUGGGGAACUGAUGGAAAGACUCUGGUCCUAUUUGAGAUCGUUUUCAAAAAUCACGAAAGAGAUGACUUCAGCUCACCGUGUUGACUUUUUGAGUGAUGCUUUAAAUCAUUUUACAAUGACUAAGUUAGAAAUAUUAGGGAAAACACUUGUGGGCUGGUAUCAAAAAGCCAAUGCUGUCUAUCAGACUAGUUCUGCAGAAAUCCAAACUUUGUGUUUAAACCUAGAUAAUAUCACAGACGAGGUUAUACACUCAUGGAAGUUGGAGGAAGAGUCUAAAAUUAAAUGGAAAAGUGUUGUAGAGCAAGAGGUUGGUUGGGAAUUCAAAUAUUAUACUAAAAUUAAAGAGCUGAAUAACGAAAAUACAUUACUCCUGUUAAGUAGUAGUGUUUCUGAUACUGCGAGACAUAGGAUAAAACUAAACAGGUUGGAAUCUGGUCUUUCGAGUUUCGAAAAAAAGCACGAUGUAAACGAUCGUUGGAGUAUAACCUCAAAUCAGUACACGUAUCAUCAUCGCAAAUUCGUUCAGAAUGCUGUAAAAACCACUUUGGAUACUUUACAUACUCGUGCAACUGAAAGGUUAAUGUUACUGACUUUAAAGAAACGAUAUGCAGAUGGUUCUUCGAUAUGCAAUCGUUUAUCAGUGCAAAUCAAUAAAAUCUGCAAUGACCUAAAGAAUUUAGUUGAGUCGUUAAAUCAGACGAACAGAGAAUGUGGUGUGUACGAAGAUGUGUUGUAUAAAGAUGCAUUGGACGUCAAUUCCAGGAUAUAUUUAAACACUACUACGGUUGAUCAGGUUAAUAACACUUCACAUAACAUUCCUGCAUCAGUAAAAAGUACGUGCGUACAAUUUUACCUGCGCAAGUGUCGUGCUACCGAGGAGCUUCAAAUUGUUCGUACGGAAAUGCAGCACGUAUUAAACUACUAUAGAGAAAUGGAAUCCUCAUUGGCUACUGCUAUUUAUAAUAACGAUUCUCCAAAAAAAAUCUUUGUUAUAGAAAAACUAAAUUAUGUACGAAAUACAGUAGAAAAUAUGCAGAAACUAUUUAUGGAUGUCGAAAGCAACAAUCUCGAAGAUGAUUUUGAUGUGACUGUUUAUUGCGAUGGACAAUCUUCAGAUGAAUCUGAUGAAGAAAACCCAUGACCUGUAACUGCAUAUUUCGAUAUAUAUAUUUGUUAGUGUUUUUACAGAAUUGAUUUAUUAUAUUUUCUUUUGCUAUUAUUACUUGGUGACACAUGGAUAGCAAUAUAAUUCAUUGUAACCAUCUGACUAUCACAGCUUGAAAUUGUGUUUCGAAAGCUUUGGCUCUUCUAAGUAAUCACCUCAUUUAAGAUAUAUAUAGAAUAUAAAUUUUGCGCCUUUGUUAAAUUUUGUUACAGAUUUAUAGAAUAUGUAAAACAAAUAUUUAUCUGUUACAGAUUUUACAGAUUUUUUAAUGAUAUUAAUAAGUAGGUUAGAUAUGUCCACUUCUACUUUGUACGGACGCGGUAUUUAUGUGAUGUCAUAAAAAAAAGUUACUAAUGCUUCCUUUGUCUUAUAUAUUGCAAGUUUACUUUGUAAUUUGUGUCGCUGGAAUACAUUUUAAUGCUC